AUGCAACUUUCCUUCCUUGGUGCUCUUUUACUUACAACAGGUAGCUUUGUUUCAGCAGCCACUACUACCACAUCCGCUACAAAGACAUCUGAAGUCUUGGCUAUCGAGUCCCCUGCUUGGUUGCCUGAUUUCCCUGUCCCUGAAGGUGUCAAUUCAGGCUACCCUACUGCCCCAUUGAACAUGUCCAGUACAUUGCCUCGCAAGACCCUUGACCUCAAGCAGUAUCCUGAACCUUGGGCUGCUCCUGACGUCAAGCACGCUGAAGUGCAAAAGGUCAUCAAGGCCAUUGAUUGGAGCAAGGUCCCCAAGGCUCCUGUCAGAAAGACCAACAAGAACGGCGAUAUCGUCUUCACAGGCUACGAUGAAGGCAAGGACCCUCACUGUUGGUGGUCUGAUACCGGUUGUACUAAGCCUAAGCUCGAUUAUAUUCCUGAAGAUGUGCAUCAUUGUCCUAAUCCUGGCGAUUGGGGUCUCAACUACGAUGAUGGACCCUACAACCUUCAAGGUGAAGACAAGGAAUUCGAUAAAUGGGCUGAACCCGAACUAUACAAUUUCUUGGCCAAGCACAAUAACCAAAAAGCAACACUUUUCUACAUUGGUUCCAACGUUGUAACCUAUCCUGAGGCAGCCAAGAGAGCUCUUAACCAUGGUCAUGUCCUCUGUUCUCACACCUGGUCUCAUCCUGUCAUGACUACCCAAACCAAUGAACAAGUGGUUGCUCAACUCUACUGGUCUCUUAAGGCUAUCAAGGAAGCCACCGGUGUCACUACCAAGUGCUGGAGACCUCCUCAAGGUGAUGUCGAUGACCGUGUCCGUGCUAUUGCUUGGCAAAUGGGUUUGCACACCUACUUGUGGUCUGAAGAUACUGAUGACUGGAACAUCAAGGAAGCCAUCAAUGGUGGUAGUAUUUCCAAUGCUGAAGUCAGCUCUCGUUUCGAUACCUGGAUCAAGAACCAAAAGGCUGGCAAGUACAAGAACGGCCUUAUCGUGCUCGAACAUGAACUGAACAAUGCUACCGUCAAGAUGACUGAAAAGUGGCUACCUAAGCUUCAAGAAACAUUCAAUGUCAAGUCCAUUCAUCAAUGUUUGAAUAUUUCUCAGCCUUAUUGGGAAACCAACUGGGUUUAUCCUAUUGGUAAUGAAGCUCUCCCUGCUAACAGCACAACAAACAAUACUAGCGUUGCUAACAAUGCCACAACUACCACUGAUGCUGCUACUACCUCCACAACUGAUAUUGUGCUUAACUUUGGUCCUACUACGGAAGCUGCCGCUGCUGCUGCCACCACUGAAGUUGCUGCUGCUGCCACUACUGAUGCUGCUGCCAGUGCCGCUAAUGCCGCUAAUGCCAUGGCCAACUCUGAAAUUCAACAAUCUGCUGCUCUUUCUCUCAAGAACACUCAAUCUGUCACUCUUUUAGCUAUGGCUGCUGUUGCUGCCUAUAUCUUUUAA